AUGCCGAAAGUUGACAACGAGGACGCCGCGUCGCUCCAGCGCAGGCGCAAAAUGAUUAUCGCCGCGUGCACGCGCAUAUGUACAUUUACGGAAGCUAUCGCGUCCGUUACGCCGUCAAUCGCGGCUCAACUCGGAGAGCGAUGUGCUAAACUCGACAGGUACUGGACAGAUUAUGAUAGCGUUCAAACAAACUUAGAAUUAAUCGACGAAUCCGAAGAAGCACAUCGCGCUCCCUUCGAAGACUUUCAUUAUGCUUUAUGUGCUCAAAUACGCGAAUUGCUCUAUCCCGCGACUGCGCAACGCGUCGCGGCCUCUCCGUCACGGUGGUCUUCUAGCGUCGUCGGCCGCGAGUCUUUCGGCCACAUAAGGCUACCGAAAUUAGAAUUACCGAAAUUUUCCGGGAAAUAUGACGAGUGGUGCCUGUUCUUUGACAGUUUUAAUUCUCUCAUACAUGAAAACGCGUCGUUAAGUCCUGUUCAAAGGUUGCAGUAUUUAAGAGCUUCUCUCACCGGCGAUGCAUUCAAAGUAAUUAGCGCGCUGGAAAUUUCCGAUACAAACUACCAAGUAGCAUGGGACCUUUUAAAGGAACGAUACGAUAACAAACGCGCUAUUGUGCAGAGUCACACUGAACCAAAAAU